GGGGCGGGGGCGAGCGCGGACGAUUGCAGUGCUACGGCCCUCUACAACGCCCUAAUGGAGUCCACCGCGUCCUUUGAUCGGGAGGGUUUCGGAGCCCCUGCCCACCACGGCCUACAACGCCAGUGGUCCCGCAGACACCAACACCUCCACUCCCAGGCCUCUCUCCUUCACACCUCUCUCCACAACCAGCAACAACAACACCCACACCACCACCACCACCUCCCACACAAUGCCCAGCAUCUGCACCAACAACAACAACCCAACUCUCAGCACCCGCACCCGCACCUGCAGCAACAGCAGCAACAGCACCUCCUGUCCACACAUGGUUUCGUGGGUACGCUGCACGCGGCCGGCAGCAGCAGUGCUGGCAACACCAACCAGGGAGGGGCCACCACCCACAACGCCGGAUGCGGAGGCGGAAACGGCGGCAGCGGUGACAGCGCGGGGACUGGGUUUACCGGCAUGUCCGGGUGCAUGGGACCGCAGGCGGCGGCGGCGGGGUCUCUGCCGUCAAGCAACAACUCCGGCAUGUUUACCAGCACGUCUGUUACGAAUGCUGCUGCUGCAGCAGCAGCCGCAGCUGCUCCUUCUGGUGUUGGCGGUGUUGGCGGUGGUGUGGGAUCUGCUCCGGGUGGUGGUGUUGCGACGGCGGUUGCUGCGGCGCACCGCAGUCUGCUGCACCCCGCUGAGAACCUGAGCACGCGGGUUCGAAGGGCGCAGGCGGUUGCUGCUGCCCGAGCGUCGGAGGGCGCGGCGGGGGCUGCACCGGCCUCCGCAGAUGAGGCCGC